AUGCCUUCGGCACCCCGUCAUCAUUUGACAAGCGAUGCCUUCGGCACCCUGUCAUCAUUUGACAAGAGAGAUGCCUUCGGCACCCUGUCAUCAUCCGACGAGAGCGAUGCCUUCGGCACCCCGUCAUCGUUUGACAAAAGAGAUGCCUUCGGCACCCUGUCAUCAUCCGACGAGAACGAUGCCUUCGGCACCCCGUCAUCACCUUCGGCACCCUGCCAUCAUCCGACGAGAGCGAUGCCUUCGGCACCCCGUCAUCGUUUGACAAGAGAGAUGCCUUCGGCACCCUGUCAUCAUCCGAUGAGAGCGAUGCCUUCGGCACCCUGUCAUCAUCCGACGAGAGCGAUGCCUUCGGCACCCCGUCAUCACCUUCGCCACCCUGCCAUCAUCCGACGAGAGCGACGCCUUCGGCGCCCCGUCAUCAUUCAGCACCAUCGACACUACACUACUUGGAAGAAGACUAAGGUGUUGCUCGGUCAAUGCAUUGAAAAUUGCAAGUCCUCAACCAAGGAGUACCUCUUUGCUUGA